GUAAGGUAGUUACUCGCCAGCCCGUUUUUUGCUUUUUCUGGUCUUGCUUACAGUGCUUACCUCCAUUGUUCUGGCCUUCCUCCUGGGGUUUAAUUUGUAUGCCGGCAGCCCUCGCCCGUUCUCGCCUUCACGCUUCUCCCCUUUCGCUCUUCCUGCUUAUUUUCCCAUCUCCAUUCUUCCCUCUCUUCCACACUUCCGUCCUACAAUAACAUACCCUGGCUCACGCACUUGGCUGGACUCGGUUGUCUUCUCCGCAAACCAAAGGGGGAUUCUAACCUAUUCGCAUUGUACGGGAAUAUCUCUUGGCGAACACACAUCAACAAGCUGUGGGGUUUGUUUCACCAAAGUUCCUUCACUUUGACCUCCAAGAGGGCCACCUACCUCUCGAACUGAGGGAUUCAGGCAGACAUAUUGCAGAAAAGAGCGAGGGAAUCUCACACGCAGAAGGAGGCGCAGUAAGCUGGAGCCUGGACGGAGCUAAGAGGGAGACAGAGAGUCUCGGAGGGACACAGAACAACAAUAACCCACCAUAAUAAGUCUCCUCUCUCGAGGACAAGGGGAAAUCGGCCAUGGAGGGCCCAAGGCCAAGGGCAUCCGAGAAGUUUCUCAAAAUGACGGCCCCAACAAACACCACAAACACAACCGCAACCUCAUCACCCGCCGCAACAUCAAACCCACAAUACCAGAACCAGCAGGUCUACGAAUCCGGCCUCGAAGUAGCCGAGCCAAACGCCUGGAACCGCACAAACCACGACAUCCACCUGCCCGAGGUAUCUCCCUACAACCACUCGGAAGCCAAGACCACAACCUUCCCCGAGGUCGCGGACGACCCGUUAUCGUGGCAUCACUACCACAAGCAGAACCCCAACCUCGAGGUCUCGUCGUCGCCGUCCGUCGCUUCUGCGGCGCCGUAUUACUAUGCCGCCACGGGCCAGCAGCAUCCGCCUGGGUAUCACAAGCCGCCGCCCGGGUCGCCGGGGUACGGGUCCGGAUCUCUCGACGGAGAUGGGUCCGGGAAGGGCAAGAAGGCCACAGUAUGUGGGAUGCGUAGGAAGGUGUGCUAUGUAGUCAUGGGCGUCGCUAUCGUCCUCGUUGUGGCUGCCAUCGCCGUCGGUCUUGGGGUAGGGUUGGCGAUGAAGAAGAGCGACAACAAGUCUUCGUCAGGCAACUCAACGACAACACCAGCAACAUCAACCGCAAACGCAACAAUCACCUGCCCCGCCGCAGACAACGUAACCUACAGCUCCCCCGACGCCCCCAAACGCACCUUCCGCAUGAUCUGCGGCCACGACUUCAACUCGGCCGACGGCGCCACCGACCUCACCUCGGAAAACGCAACCACCAUGGCCGCCUGCAUCGACCUCUGCGCGUCAAAGGGCGACGACUGCGUCGGGGCCGGGUGGGGCGAUUACUACGGCAACCACGUCUGCUGGAUGAAGAGUAAGCUGGGGACGAUGAACGUUUCGGGAAAUUGGUAUUUCGCUGUGGAUGUGAAUAAGACGAGCGUGGCGGCGUGAUGAGGCUGCUCCGUAAGGAGGGGGGGCGGGCAGGGGGGAGGAAGUGAUCAAUUGUCCUCGUCCCGUGUUCGUCCGCCGUCCAGCUCUGCGUCUUGAGGAUAUUCAGGGGCUUAUGGUACAUUACCAUCGUACUUGAGCCCUUUCUCAACAGACGACACAAACGGACCCAGCGUGGAUGAGGUGGUCGUCGGCAUAUUCCUGGAUGAAUGCCGGCGAACUCGAUGAGGUCUAGCGUCUAACGAAGCGCUUGGUAUGCGCUAUAGGUUCUGUUUGCAGACAGAUGAUGUGAUGGAAUCGGAACCGAGGGAGCUCCCUAACGAACGUAAAGGAUCUCACAAAAAAAAAAAAAAAGAGGCCUUGUAUAAUGAAAUGGAAAAUUGGCGCCAUCGGUACGGCGCUCGAGAAAUUUAUGGGGUGUUAGUCACAAACAGGGACAAAGGAAGGACCACCACAUCACAUAGUCACGAUACCAUUUGCUUUCGAAGGAUCGAAUACUUUUUCAAUCAUCAAAACGUUCAA